CAACCCACAACCCACAACCCACAACCCACAACCACAACCCCACCUUACCAAACAACACCCCACACCAGCCCACGCAAUGUCGUCGACUCCCUAUGACCCCCAUCCCGGCCCAUCCUCAAAGACUGCCCAGUUGCAGCAGCAGGUCAAUGAUGUCGUCGGCAUCAUGCAGCAAAACAUUGAUUCCGUAAGGGACCGUGGCGAGAAACUCGACUCUUUGCAGCACAAGACCUCUGACCUUGAGCAGGGCGCCGUUCAAUUCAGAAAGGGCGCUUCGGGAGUGAGACGCCAGAUGUGGUGGAAGAACAUGAAGUGGCGCCUGAUUGUCGGUGCAGGUAUCCUCAUCAUCCUGGCGAUCAUCAUCGGUAAGACUUUUGACUCGUCCAAGAAAGAAUGAAAGAAAAAAGAAAAAGACCUGACUUGGGCUGCAUGGGCUUUAUACUCAAGGAUCAUCCAUGUUUUAUUUUUUGAUAAGGAGGCAUGGUGAAGAAAAGUUGAUU